AUGCAGUGCCGGCUCCUCCGGGGCCUGGCUGGAGUCCUCCUCACUCUUCUGUGCAUGGGGCUCCUCUCCCUACGGUACUACUCAAGCCCAUCCCCGCAGGGCGUGCCGGAGACCCCCGGGCUGAGCCCGCCAAGCCCUCGGCCCCCGGAGCUGCAGCUGCACGAUGUCUUCAUCGCAGUCAAGACAACCCGGGCCUUCCAUCGCUCCCGCCUGGAGCUGCUGCUCGACACGUGGGUCUCCAGGACCAGGGAACAGGUGACAAGCCCUGCUGUGGCUUUGCAGGAGGAGGCCACGGACAGCGAGAAGGAAAUCAACCGGCUCUCCAUCCUGCCCUUCCCCCCCAGCGCCGGCUCCAUCCUCCGCCGGCAGCGGGAGGAGGAUCCCGCACCCCCUAAGAGGUCCUUUAGCAGCAUGUCGGACAUCACAGGGAGUGUGACGCUUAAGCCCUGGUCCCCUGGCCUCUCCUCGUCCUCGUCCUCCGACAGCGUGUGGCCUUUGGGAAAGCCGGAGGGCCUUCUGGCCAGAGGCUGUGGCCUGGAUCUCCUCAACAGGUCUCUGGCCAUCCGAGUGUCUGGCUGGAGCCCCCCGGGGGGACCUGAGCCCCAGGACAAGGGCCUAGAUGGCCUGUCAUUCCUCGGGGACAGCUGGUCUGGGGCUGUCGUUCGGAGGGUGCUCUCUGGGCCAGGAUCGGCCAGGGUGGAACCAAGAGAGCCAAGGGCAGAGGCUACUGGCUUGGAGCGGGCAGUCCUGGAAGGCGAGGCCCAGCAGAGAAACUUGCCCUGGAACCAGACAUCCACACUCCCUCUGAUGGACUUCAAGGCGUGCCAGUCCUUCCAUGAGGCCCUAGACGCCUGGGUGAAGAGGCCGGGGGCCGAGCCCUUCUACAUUCGAGCCAACCUCACCCUGCCUGAGCGGACCGACCCCCAUGCCCUGUGCGUGAAAGCGCAGGAGAUCCUGCGGCUGGUGGACCCGGCGUACAAGCGGCGGCAGGAGUGGUUCUGCACGCGGGUUGACCCCCUCACGCUGCGGGACCUGGAUCGGGGCACUGUGCCCAAUUAUCAGAGAGCCCAGCAGCUCCUAGAAGUUCAGGAGAAAUGCCUGCCCUCCAGCCGACACCGGGGGCCCCGCAGUAAUCUGAAGAAGCGAGCCCUGGACCAGCUGCGGCUGGUGAAGCCCAAGCAUGUGGGGAGUCCUGCUGGGGACUCCCCGGAACAGCUGCUGCUGGAGCCCUGCUCAGAGCCAGAGCGGAGCCUCAAACCCUAUAGCCUGGUACGGCCCCUGCUGGUUUCUGCCCUGCGGCCCGUGGUGCUCUUGCCUGAGUGCCUGGCGCCCAGGCUCAUCCGCAACCUCCUAGACCUGCCCAGUUCCCGGCUGGACUUUCAAGUGUGCCCAGCAGAAAGCCUCUCUGGGGAGGAACAGUGCACAUCGUCAGCGCCCGGAGCCCCCAAGGCCCGACCUGCCACCCCUGGGCUGGGCAGCAGGAUCCGUGCCAUCCAGGAGUCUGUCGGGAAGAAGAAGCACUGCCUGUUGGAGCUGGGUGCUCGGGGCGUGCGGGAGCUGGUCCAGAACGAGAUCUACCCCAUCGUCAUCCACGUGGAGGUGACUGACAAGAAUGUCCGGGAAGUCAGGGGUCUGCUGGGCCGGCCGGGCUGGCGGGACUCAGAGCUGCUGCGGCAAUGCCGAGGCUCGGAGCAGGUGCUCUGGGGGCUGCCCUGCUCCUGGGUGCAGGUGGCGUCCCACGAGUGGGGCCACUCAGAGGAGCUGGCCAAGGUGGUGCGUGGCCGCAUCCUGCAGGAGCAGGCCCGCCUCGUGUGGGUGGAGCAUGGCAGCGGCAGAGGCGGCAGCGGCAGCAGCAGCGAGGCCUGAGGCGUCCCCUCCGAUGCCUGUGCGUUCCUCGAGCACUUCAGAAACGGCCCCCGGCGGGGACCCUGGUGUGUGCAGUGGAGCUGGGUCCUCCCCAUCCUGAGCCUUCCUAGACCCUGAGACGCUCGGCGUGGGGCCCUUGGCUCUGGGCUCCGGGCUCUCUCACCCGGAGGAGCCCCCGGGGCAGAGCUCCCUCCCAUCCCUGUACUUGCUGCUCUGGGCCUUCCCUUGGCCCCAUGUCUCCACGGACCCAUCUCAUGGGUCUCAUGCACACGUCUGUGUCCUCUCCCUUGUCGCUCACCUUGGAGCAUCUGCGUUCUCACCCCUGUGCACUGGUUUGCACACCCAAGUUCCCAUGGGGCCGGCUCGCGUCUGCCCCUCCCCCUGGCACACGAGGUCUCCGGGCUCCACAGCCUCUUCUGCUCACAGGAGCCCUGAGCCCGUCAUGCGUGGUGCCCACCCGUCCAGCUCACAUCUCUUGUGUAUACCUCCACGGGGGCGUUGUGGCUUCCCGGGUCCACUGUCUCCUGUGCCCCUCGUGUCUUCCUGUCACACGUGUGUCCGUGGUUCUCCCCUGUGUAAAUAUCAUGCCCCCACCCCCGUGACCCUUGGGCACUGACCCGCGUGUGUUCCUGGUGAGCACGCCCAGGACCAUGUUCUCACCAAGCCUGUACCCGGCCCUGCCUCCCGGAGGGACGGCCGGGGAGGGGGCCGGCUGCCCCGUUACCAGAAUGUACAGCUCGUAGAUUUUUUAACGGGCCUUUUUCACUUAGAAGCUGCACAUCAUGGAGCAUUAAAC